CUAUCCGAUAUCAGCCUAAGGAAGACCUCGACACUCGCCAUAUUGUUUUAAGAACCACUGUAGCCUACAGCAGGUUUACCAGAGACACAGCUUUGAUUCUGACAAUAUGCUUCUCCAUGAAUUAGUACUGGUAACGACUUGUAUGAUAUUUAGUAAUGCUUACCCUAGCUUGUCUGUGUCACAAGACACCUCUGGUUUACAGAACGGUGUGGUGUUAUUUUUAAAUCAGUGUUUUAAGGACCUACACAAAAAAGUGACUGCAAUUGAUGGAAGAUGCGAUGUUGUCGAAACGGCCUUAAAUUCCGCAGGUCAGAAUGCUUCUUUUCCAGCAGAUUUACUGGAAAUCAAAACCGGUAUGGAUAUCGAAUUGGGGAUGUUUUCUAAGACACUGAACAAGUUUGAGUAUCAUCUUCGUCGAUUGCGAACUGCCAAAGACGAAUUACAAAGGCGUGCCGAACGUACCACCCCAAUACCGACUACAACCACGACCACUGCCGAGGAGGAGGAGGAGGAGGGGUCGACGAUGCAGGGGGAUGGAGCUGAUGUCGUUGAAGACUAUUAUGAUGAUGCAGAAGGUGUGGCCGUCAGCUGUCCUCCUGGCUGGAUAACGAUUGUCGGUUUCUCCAAAUGUUAUUAUGUCUCAAAGAGGAACGAGAAAGCGAACUGGAAAUCCGCAAAGAACUUUUGUUUGAAAAGGGGAGGGAAACUGGUAGAAAUAAAGACCGAUGCUGAAGCCAUGAUAUUAAAAGAUGCAGUCAUCCCUCCUCUCAGUGUGUACCACUAUGCGUAUGUCGGAAGAAGGAGAAUGCCAGACUCCAACACCUGGGUAUUUCUUUCCAAUGAAGAGCCUGUGGAUAUUUCUCUGCGGUCCUGGCACAAACCGGAAAUAACAACGAGAAAUGACUGCGGCUGCGUCAGUCGUGACACUGAUUUUGAUAUGGCGGAUUGUGUCUGUUCAGGCGUCAAAAUGUAUUUCAUCUGUGAGAAAUAAUGCUUGUUGUAGAUCAGAGGAACAUGGAGUUAUAUUGGAGUUGAUGCAAAGCCCUUGGACUCCUGAAUACCCAUUGUUUCAGGAAAGUAACUUUGUGUGGAAGACAACCGGAAUUAGUAUUUACUCUACCACAAAGACAAGUUUAUUUCGUAUAGAGAUUCUAUACUGAUAGGCCGGUCAUAUAAUGACGGACACGUAUGUGAUGUGACGCCAUAAUCAUAAAAGGUGCCAAUAAAUUCAGAACUGA